AUGUCGCAACUCGACAAAGACCCUCAGGCAUCGCCGGCGAUCCAUAACAUCCCGUUGAACGAUCUGGAAUCGGGCACCGGUCGCUCCCCGACGUCAUCGUCGAACUGGCCGACACUCGCUGAAUUCUCGUCGUCGCACAUCUGGUCUCCGCAAGCCAAGCAAUUCUCGGACAACUGGCCAGGAUAUCUAGAACUCGUGGCUGGAAAGCUGAUUCUCGCCCUCACGCCAAGCUUUCUUCAACACUGGGUGGGAGGGCCGCCUCCCCAGCCGCCCAAACUUCAUGGAAUCGCAGCGCUGGACGGUCUGCGCGGUUGGGCCUGUCUGCUGGUAUUCAACUUCCAUUUCUUGUUCACAUAUACAUGGAAGGUCGCCCUCGGCUGGGGGUUCAAUAACGACAACUGGCACCUCUUUCAGCUGCCCAUCAUUCACGUGUUGGUCUCCGGUCAUAUCAUGGUGGCUAUCUUUUUCGUCUUGUCGGGCUAUGUGCUUUCUUAUAAACCUUUGAAAAUGAUCCGGGGCCGGUCGUGGGAGCAGACAUUCACCGUUCUGGCCUCGUCUACUUUCCGUCGUGGUCUGCGCUUAUAUGUCCCUUCGGUCGUGGGCAUUCUGCUGGUCAUGGUGGCUGUGCGCCUGGGUGUGUACAACUACUCGCAUAAGGUCGUCAACCAAGGUCUCACCAUCCUGGGGACCAACGAACAACACCCUCCCGUCAUGAAAUCCUUCAACAAACAGUUCUGGGACUUGUACUCGACGGUGGUGCAACUGAUGGAUCCGUGGAACUGGGGUCUCUACUACAACUACUAUAACCCGCAUCUGUGGACCAUUCCGGUGGAAUUCCGCUGCUCCAUCGUGCUCUUCCUCACUCUCCUGGCCACAUCGCGAGUGGCCACUCGCGUGCGGGUGUCCCUGAUUGGCAUUCUCAUUUGGUUCUGUAUGCGAUGGGGCCGAUGGGACGUGGUCCUGUUCCUCUCCGGGUCGAUCAUGGCCGAGGUCGACCUGAUCAACGGAACCUGGGAGCGCCCGGCCGCGAACGAGAAGCCAUGGAGCCACCGCUCGCCGUUCAGACAGAAUGCACUAUCUCGCCUAACGGGUCGCAGAUUCUGGAUCGCCCUGUUCGUUGCAGGUCUCUACCUAGGCUCCGCUCCGAACAUCGGCUACAAAUGGACCCCAUUCUACAUGUGGACCUGGAAAAUCACGCCCAAGACCUACCCCGAACCGCACCGGUUCCCCCAGACCCUCGGCGCCAUCCUCAUCGUCUUCAGCAUCAACCACUCCAAGGACAUCCAGAAGCUACUCACCCACCCCCUGUCGCAGUAUCUCGGCAAGAUCUCCUUCUCAUUCUACAUCGUGCACGGACCUAUCCUCCACUCCCUGGGCUACUCCCUCAUGCCCAACAUCUGGGCCCUCGUCGGCAAGGAGACCAACUUCCAAUACUGCCUCGGCUUCUUGAUCGGCUGGCUCAUCUGCCUGCCUUUGUCCCUGUGGGCCGGCGACGUCUUCUGGCGUGCCGUCGACGUCCCCAGCGUCAAAUUCGCCCGCUGGGUCGAAGACCGCCUGGUCAUUAAGACGACCGCGUCGACCAACCGGCCGACGAACUCGCAUUUGCAGUAA